AUGAGGCACUCGGAACUGAACACAUCCAUUGAGCAAAGAAAGAUUUCUAACUAUUAUACGACGGACACUUUCUUUCUUUCUUUCUUUCUUUCUUUCUUUCUAUCUAUGGCUAUUAAUAUCUAUCUAUCUAUCUAUCUAUCUAUCUAUCUAUCUAUCUAUCUAUCUAUCUAUUUGCACUAUUUUUUUAUAUCUAUCUAUCUAUCUAUCUAUCUAUCUAUCUAUCUACCAACACUUGUCUAUUCGUAUCUCUCUUUCUCUAUCUCACCUAUUAAUAUCUAUCUCAGUCCAUUCAUAUCUAUCUAUCUAUCUAUCUAUCUAUCUAUCUAUCUAUCUAUCUACCAACACUUGUCUAUUCGUAUCUCUCUUUCUCUAUCUCAGUCAGUUCAUAUCUAUCCAUCUAUCUAUCUAUCUCAGCCUAUUAAUAUCUAUCUCAGCCUAUUAAUAUCUAUCUCAGUCCAUUCAUAUCUAUCUAUCUAUCUAUCUAUCUAUCUAUCUAUCUAUCUAUCUAUCUAUAAUCUUGUAUCCAUCUUUUGUUCAUUCUUGAAUCUAUCUAUCUAUCUAUCUAUCUAUCUAUCUAUCUAUCUAUCUACAUUGUAA